AUGGCCACCGAGCAGAAAUCUGCCAAUUCUCCCUUGCCCAUCGAGGAGCUUAGCAAGGUCACGUCUGAGGCCUGCGAAACCACACUCGCCGAGGUAAAAGAAUACGACCACACCAGAGUCGGGGACUGGAAUUCUCAGAUCAUCAACACAAUCCUCAAAUCCCUGAUUGCCGCAACCGCCCCCUCCACCCCUUCAACACCUGCCCCCUACCGCUUCACCGUGAACAGCACCAUCGUGCAGCAAGGUGUUGUCGACAAAGCCACCACCGCGGACGGUGAGCAUAGCAAUGCCGGAAAGCGGGGGAUGCACUCUGCCGCCGGUGCGUUCUGGGAUGUCAAUCGGGAUGGAAUGUGGACGUUUAAGUAUCCCGGGGCUGAGGAGAGGGGUUUGGAUGUUGUGGUUAGUGUGACUUGGUUUGCUGUUGGUUAG